AUCAGCAGCCUGGGGGCUGGAUGUGAUUCGCUGUAUUUAUCAGCUUGCUCUCUCCCACAAUUCAACAGGCACCAGAAGGAGAGAAGAAGAGGGCGACAGAAAGUAUUUAAAUAAAUAGAUUGUUGUUGAAGUAUUACAAUACAACAUAAACAGCCAAAGCUAAAACGGGGAACAAUUGCUACACACUUUUGUUAUUUUUUUUUAUAGCUAGCGAGAUACAGUUGCUUCCACGAAAUGUGUUUGACUGCUAAGCUAGCCGACUGGCUAAACUAAGUAGCUAGCAAGUUAGCUCGGCUCCGGCCUAAAAUAGCUAACGUUAGCUCCAUUUUCAGAUUUCAAGAGAACCCCAAUUCAAGUGUACAUUACCACGUAUGCAGAUGUUCAUCUAACGAAAGCAAGGGAAAGCUGAUGAAACGUUAGUUCAACUGACUCACCAAUUCUAGUCAUGCAAUGGAGAUGAGCGCUCUGCAGUGUGUAUGACCAGCUGUCUCCAUCCUGAUGGGAGGACUCUGUGGAUAGCAGCACCGUCUUCAGGACUCCAGGAGGAGAGUAGCCGCCCCUGCCAAGGAGGGCCGUUCAGAAUGAAGAAAAUCAGCCUUAAGACCAUCCGCAAGUCCCUCAACAUCAAGGUCAAGGAGGAAGGAGGGGGGGACUUUGUCAUGCUCCAGCAGCCCUCGCUAGUGGCCGACUUCUCCAAGGAGGACUCGCUCUUCGGGGGCUGCUACACUAAAGAUCUUGCGGGCUGCAACCUGGGAAUUGGUGAUGUGGGAGAGGAGAAGGCGGGACACAACAAGGGCCGGUCUAAGAGCGAGAGCCUGAUGGGUUCUCUGAAGAGGAGGCUGUCGGCCAAGCAGAAGGCCAAGGUCAAAGGUGGCUCAUUAGCCAUGGGGUCGGCUGACGAUGAUGACACCUUCUCCUCCUCCUCGGUCCCAAUCAGCUUCAACGAGGUCAAGGCCCAGCGUCCGUUACGAUCAGCGUCACUCCGUAGCCACCAUUACAGCCCGUCUCCCUGGCCCCUGCGGCCUGUCGCUUCAGAUGAGGCCUGCAUCAAAAUGGAGGUGAAGGUUAAAGCCAUGGUCCAUUCCCCCAGCCCAAACCUGAAUGCCAUGCGGAAGGAGUUCCACCACCAUGACUUUCAGAUGGAGAACAUCUUCCAGGAGCAGGCCGAGUCCCUGAAGAACCUCCAGCAGCCGCAGAACGGAGACCCGAACAAUGACAAACACGUGCCUGUAGUCCUGGGCCUCACGCCGCAGGACUACAUCCAGUACACCAUGCCUUUAGAUGAGGGAAUGUACCCAGAGGGGUCCCACUCUGUCUCCCACUCCUUCUGCCUGGACAGGUCCUCGCCCAUGGAGGUGGUGACGGAGGCGGAUAGUAGCUCCCUCCACGCCAACCACCAGAGUCAGGAGGACCAGGAUCUGGUGAGUCUGAACCGGAACCUUCCAGCGGACCUCUUCAUGGAGUCACAAUCGGUGAACGGCCUCUUCAUCGGCUCUAACGGUGUGAUGUUCCAUAGCUGCAGGGACAGGGUCAACGCUCAACAACACCCCGCUCCUCCCCAGCGCUCCCCUCUCCUGCCCGCGCUACCCAGAAACAACAUCCCCAGGACUUACUCCAGGUUCGGCGGGGCAGACGGCCACGUGGCGGCCCGGAUGAGGCAACACCUGAACUUUGACCUCGACUCUGCUCCGGGGGUGAGUCGGCUGUAUGACUCAGUCCGGAGCAGUGGACCAAUGGUGGUAACCAGCCUGACUGAGGAGCUGAAGAAGCUAGCCAGGCAGGGUUGGUACUGGGGGCCCAUCACACGCUGGGAGGCCGAGGAGAAGCUGGUCAACCUGCCUGACGGCUCGUUCCUGGUCAGGGACAGCUCGGAUGACAGGUACCUCCUCAGCCUGAGUUUCCGCUCCCAGACCAAGACCCUCCACACCCGCAUCGAACACUCCAACGGACGCUUCAGCUUCUAUGAGCAGCCUGAUGUGGAGGGACACACGUCCAUGGUAGACCUGAUAGAAUACUCCAUAAAAGAUUCAGAGAAUGGAGCCUUCUGUUAUUCUAGAUCUCGCUUACCAGGGUCCGCCACCUAUCCCGUCAGGCUGACCAAUCCCGUGUCUCGGUUUAUGCACGUGCGCUCCCUGCAGUACCUGUGUCGGUUUGUGAUCAGACAGUAUACCAGGAUUGACCUAAUUCAGAAUCUGCCUUUGCCCAACAAGAUGAAAGACUACCUGCAGGAGAAGCACUACUGACUCUGUUGACACAGACGUGACAUGGGACAGACAACGUUAGCAACUUGCACUUUUGGGUUCAGUUUAAGAGAUUCAACAAAGGUUUACAGACAUCCGUAGUUUGGAGACGAUCGAUUGGGUUCCAUUGGCUCUUUGUUUGUGUCCAGGGAUGGCUGAAAUGGAACCCUAUUCUGUAUGUAGUGCACUACUUUUGCCCAGAGCACUAGCUUAAAGUAGUGCACUGUAUAGGGUGUCAUUUCAGAUUACACCUUGGUUAUUUUUGUUAGUGUCCAGUCCUCCAUUUCUCAGUUUAAGGGUUGUCAUUGUCGCCAAGCCUCCAGAGAGAUGUAUCAUAGCAUCUCCAUUUCUCAGUUAUGGUUAGUUAAGUCAUUGCGGCCACGCCUCCAGAGUGACAUAUCAUAGAAUCUGUCAGGAAGUAUGCAGCGUGACUAAGUUAUAGCUAACAACAUUUAUCAGCAGUGAGAUCUAAAGAUCAAUAUUUCUCUCCCCAGUUGCUGUAGUAAACUGUAAACGCUAGAAUGGCAAGUUCAACCUUCUGAUUUAAUGUCAAUAUUUUGCCUUCUGACUGAAAUUUACAGAUUUAAGAUAUACAUUUAAUUCACUGCAGCCUUUUAAGAUGUCAAACCCAAGCCAGAUUUGAAGUGAAACUGUAAUGAAAUGCAUAUCCAGUCAGAUUUUUUUUUAUGCUUCAUUUGGCAAUUUAUUUAGAAAGAUCUCCAACAACUCUAAACGCAGUGGGGCAUAUCUUUUGACAAACUAUUAUUAUUAUUAUAAUUUUUUUGCAUAAACAAUUUUAUCCUCUUAAUUUCUGAGUUCUUAAACAGGGUUAAUUCAACCUUAUUUGUCACCCGUCAAGUUGGUUAAUGACAACUGCUAAUAAGAAGUGUAAGCUGUAUGUGGGUGCAUGUAGACAACUUUCUCUCUCCCACUACAAUGGUACUAUUAGGAAAGAUACAGGAUGGUUUCUAUGUCGCCAUGCACUUCAACUUAAUAAGCAUGCAUCAAUAUCAUCGCUUUUUAAGGGCAAAUAUCAGUAAGUAAUUAACCUGAAGAUAAGCAUUUAACUGCUUCUCUAUUAGGAGUGUCAGAAAAAGCUGCCCUAGGACCAAUUUAAGUGCCAUGUACAGUAUGCUUAGCUCUGUGUGCAUGAAGGGUGUUUGAACGGUCAGACGCUGUAGAGACCUAUGCCUAAUCAGUAUACAGGACGGGAGUAUCGACUGUAAAAAGGGAAAGUCACAUUUUCAUUUCUACAGCAACAUUUAUCACUGAACACAUUUUAAGGAAACCUUGUGAAAAGGAAUCUCAAAAAUGGGGCGGCUUAGGUCGAGGCAUUUGGGGGGGGGAAAGCCUGAAUAGAUGAAUAUUGGUGCCCCUUCCUCAUAUUUGGGAGGUCGCAGGGAGAGUGGGAAGGGAGAUGUACGUGACAGAAUUCCCUCCCAGUGCAGUAAUGUCCUGCUCCAUGGAGAAUGAGAUUGAGGCUUUUGUGCGAAGUUUGCCCAAUGACUUGCAUGAGUGAUGUCACGCUGUCAUACUCUCGACUUCAUGGCAGUUUUCCAGUUUGACAUUUUAAAAUGGAUCCACUGUCAUGCUUAUUGUCAAUGUUAACCUACAUAUUCACAGUCUGCCUGGGCUGUUUGUAUCAGAACAAAAAGGGAGAAAAGAAAACAUGCUAUGCAAGUGCUUUUUAAACAAAUACUUUGACGAGGAAUCAUAGUUUUACGUAUGUUAAAAGGAUCUCCGACUACUUUGGUAGGCUGGUAGAUAUGUAUAGUCUAGACCUAGGUAGUAAAGAUCUGUUGGCAUCUAAGGUGGUUACCAUGACACCCGGAUAGCAGAGGGUAGAUGAGAUCAGACGUUGUCGGAAUGUUACAAAAGUGUUGCAUAAAGAUUUGUUGGCAUUUUUAAUUGCUUUGAAAUGUAUAUGAAUGAAGGAUGUAGGUAAUGUUGUCCGUCUGGUGUAGAAGGAUUGUUCUACUCAGUUAUAUCAUCAUCACCAGGUGGGUGUUUUGUGUGCAAGGAGUUUUGAAUAUUUGUUUUAUUUCCUGUGACUUGUGACAUUGAACUCUGUCAUUUUGGGGACUAGUAAGGUGUUUGUUACAUGGAACAGUUUGUUCCAGGUUACACCAGGGAAAUGGCUGUGUGUGAGAGGAUAUACCAAGGCAAUGGCUGUAUGCAUGUUUUAGCAAGGUAAAAUAUUUUGCAUCAUGUAAGACAAAAAUCUCCACUUGCUUGAAGAUGAAGCCACAUUUUUGGGCACGGUUCUUCACCGUACUGUUAACUGGUAAAUCUCCAUUGUUUCCCCUUACUAAUAUUGUCCCUGGAAUGACAGCAUUAAAAAAUGUCACAACAUACAGUUCAACGUAUGAUUUCUCCAGAGCACACACAGGUGGGGUAGCUGUUAAUGAAAUGAACAGAAUUUUGUUAUUAUGUCUAUGGGAUACAAAGGGUACGACAGCAGUGUCAUAUCUAAAACUGUUGCUAGGUUAUCAAGGAACAACGAUGACUAGAAUGUGGAACAUUGAAUUGAAGAAAACAAAUGUGAAAUGGAGAUGUUUAAUUGUUUGACGAAUGUACGCUUAGUUUUAUUAUUUUAUUUUAUUCAGGGUCCGCACAAAGUGCUUGAGGUGCUUAAAGUAAUUGAAUUUGGCACUCAAAUUCAAGUACUGGAAUACUUUGAAAAUCAGACAAUUUCUCCAGUUGGUACAUGAAAAGUACUUGAUCAAAUAUGUUUAAAAAAAAUAAUAGAUGUUUUUUUUUUAUUGUUCUAGCGUAGUCAUUUCCAGGCAGACUACAGUGUUAUUUCCUCACGUUUGGUGCUCUGGUUGCAAGGCGACCACACCAGCCACUCAGCCAGGCUGGUGCCGAACUGACUGAUUUUGCGCUGCCAAACGUCACAUCGAUAGCUAAAACGCUGGGCAAAUGAAGAUGAAAUCCUGUCUUUUGUGCGUAUGGAACAUUUCUGGGUUAUUUUAUUUCAGCUCAUGAAAUAUGGGACCAACACUUUACAUGUUGGGUUUUAUAUUUUUGAUCAGUGUAGUUUACCUACCUUAAAAAAAAAAGAUGUACCAAUACAUCACUGGACCCAAUCAACCCGAAAAGAAUGUGUCAGACUUUGACACGGCGAGCAUGGGUGAAUUGGUCCUGAAGAGCUACAUGAAGGGCAGAAUACAACGCUGCAUCCUGCACUGGCGCAAGUUCUACAUCGGGACUUUCUCUGCAACAACUUCCAGAGCUUUUUUUUUACCAACCGCCUCAUUCACGCAUCACCAGCGAAAUUACGUUUUAUUAUUCCCUCACACAGCCCACCCAACCUUCCCGCGACUCUAGAGCUGCCAUUCGGAAACGAGAUGCUUUUGCGUAGCUAAUAAGUAGUAGAUUCCCAAAUGCCCAAUUUAAAAACACAAUAGUCCUAAAGCUGGAAUUGUGUAUUAAUGUGAAUAGGAAAUGUGUUCACCAUUAGGCAUUGCCCAAAACUCUGCUCAUCACUACUCAAAUUACAACAUCAGUACUGACUUACCGUUCAUUUAUGUAAUAAAUAAGUAGAGAAAUAACGUAUUAUUGAGUAGAAUGUGUAAGGUAGUGAUGAAAUAGUAAGUUGUUUUUUUCCAUGAGGUUGUGGUGUUAUACUGCCAUCUGGUGGUGACUAGAAGCAAUUGCAUAAAAGGAACUAUUACAAAUUGAUGGCCCUUGAAAAUAUAUAUUAGUGCUUGAAAAAGUACUUAAAAGUCCUUGAUUUUGACUUACCACUGUCUGUACGAACCCUGAUUUAUUGUGUGGCAGAGCCAGACAAACAGCUCCCCAAUUGGCUAAACACUCUUCUCUGCUAUGAUACUUCAGUAGCCCGUGACUUGUUCAUUAUCACUCUGAGUCAUUGCCUUAUGUGUGAGUUUUAGAAGUUGAUGCUUGUUCAAACUGCUGAAGGAUUUUUGAAUUCAUAAGUUGUUUAGCAGUUGGCGAACAACCUUCACCCAUUUUAUAUUGUUUGUUUGUUGCGCAUCUCUGCAAAUGAAGGUGAUUGUUUACAAUGAUUUGGUAAAUACCAGUGUUUCUCCCCAUCUUGUUUAUCCUCGCUUCUAUCAUGGACAUCUUUGGUACAAUUUAAAAACCCUUAUCUUUUUUUAUUUUUUAUGUGUUCUACACAUUUGUGUUACUUCAUGAAUAUGAUAUUGCCUUUCUUGUAUUAAACUAUGGGGAAAGAGAAUGUCACCAUUUUGAAGUAUGUACACGCAAUGACUUAUCAUCUUGGGAGAACAAAGUAGAUUUGUGAACAGUUUUAGUCAGUGGAAAAAUCAUUAGUAGCUACUAGUAAGUCCUUAUUAGAAAAAAACAACUUCCGUUUACAUUUUGUCUUUUUCUUUUGAAAAAUAAACGAUUGUGAUUUAUUGCACAUUUUGGAUACAGUUGAAGUUUUUGUAUAAAU